AUGGCACAACGGGCGAACCCAUAUUGCCCACUUGCCCAAUGUUCUCCGCCCCUCUAUUCAGCACCAGCAUCCCUCUGUUCAGCACUAGCGUCCCUCUCUCUACAUCCAUCCACAACACGUUCGCCCCUCUGGACGAAAUGGCAACAGCGCCACCUGCCAUUACCCCCUUCUAACAACCACACUCCUUCCCCCCUCCGCCCCCUCAACAACUCUAUAUCCAUUCACAACACGUUUGCCCCACCAGAUGAAAUGGCAACAGCACCCCCGGCCAUCCUGCAUCUGAACCACUACACGUCCUGGGAGGUGGAUCUGAAGGAGCCACCCUGCAACGCCAUAGUCAAGCCCAUCGAAGACCCCAGCCUCUUCUGGGCUCGCAACCGCACCAUGUAG